UGCAAAAACAAAAAGACCAAUCUAAACAAAUUGCAGCCUUUUUUAUACAUUUAUUUUAAUUUCAGUCGUUUAUUUAAAUCCCACUUUAUCUGAAGACGCUCUUGAAUAAAUUAUUUGUCCUAUAAAACAUUUAAUUAAUUAAAAUGAGUCUUGUGUUUAGACUUCAGCGCAGGCCGGUCUAACUUUAGCAGACAUGCUAAAACUUUUUCCUGAAUUCGCUCCGUUUCCUCACCGCUUCCCCGCUGUUUCCCCCUCUAAAGGCCGGCUCAGAUGGCGACCACGGCGGCAGCGGAGCCAGGAUUAAAGCCGCUGGUUCCUCCAGCCCUGGAGCCUCCGGUUCCUCCCGCUUCUAUGUUCGCUCCGGAGCCGGAGUGCGGGUCCGAGGCACGCCGCGCAGGAAGCGCCCAGGGCGGGGAGAGCCUCUCUGGAGAGUCCGCAGAUCAGCCGGGCCUCUGUAGUAAGCUGGCUCUGGUCAGCCCAACAGGUGAGCAGUAUGACUGUCUGCUGAAGGAUGUCCAGGCCAGGACUGACGAGGGAUCCCGAGAAACUAUAUAUGUGGUGGGAGUCGGAUCAGACGGGGGUAAUUAUGGUCUAGAUGAGAAGGACAUGGCUGCGUCCGUGGCGACAGUGCAGUCUCUGUGUGAGCAGAUUGAUGCUGAUCUGGUCCUGCUGAGAGAAAGGAGAGAGAGUGGUGGACAAGUGAGAGAUUACCUCAUCCGACGCAGGGUCCCCGAGAACGACUUCAUGGAAGUCAGAGUGGCAGUGGUGGGUAACGUGGAUGCUGGUAAAAGCACCCUGCUGGGUGUAUUGACCCACGGCGAGCUGGAUAACGGGCGUGGUCUUGCUCGCCAGAAGCUGUUCCGUCACAAACAUGAGCUGGAGAGCGGCCGCACCAGCAGCGUCGGAAACGACAUCCUGGGCUUCGACCAGCAGGGGGUGGUGGUGAACCAGCCCGACAGUCACGGGGGCAACCUCGACUGGACGCGCAUCUGCCAGAGGUCGUCAAAGGUCAUUACAUUCAUUGACCUGGCCGGGCAUGAGAAGUACUUGAAGACCACUGUGUUUGGGAUGACCGGACACCUGCCGGACUUCUGCAUGCUGAUGGUUGGUAGUAAUGCAGGUAUUAUAGGCAUGACGAAGGAACACCUGGGUUUAGCUCUGGCUCUGAGUGUCCCUGUGUUUGUGGUGGUAACUAAAAUUGACAUGUGUCCAGUGAACAUCUUACAAGAGACUCUGAAGCUCCUACAGAGGUUACUGAAGUCUCCAGGCUGCAGAAAAAUCCCAGUGUUGGUUCAAAACAAAGAUGACGUCAUCAUCACAGCCUCAAACUUCAGCUCAGAGAGGGUGUGUCCCAUCUUCCAGAUCUCGAAUGUUACUGGGGAGAACAUGGACCUUUUGAAGAUGUUUCUGAACCUGCUCUCCUCACGGAGCUCCUUUAAAGACAAUGAGCCUGCAGAGUUCCAGAUUGACGAAACCUAUUCUGUACCGGGUGUGGGAACGGUAGUGUCUGGCACUACUUUGCGCGGAUGGAUACACAUGAACGACACACUACUACUAGGUCCGGAUCCCCUGGGGGUCUUCCUUCCCAUCACUGUUAAAUCUAUCCACCGAAAGCGCAUGCCAGUGAAGGAGGUGAGGGGGGGUCAGACGGCGUCAUUCGCUCUGAAGAAGAUCAAACGCUCCGCCAUCAGGAAGGGCAUGGUGAUGGUUUCACCACAGCUCAACCCACAGGCAUCAUGGGAGUUUGAGGCUGAGAUUCUGGUCUUACAUCAUCCAACAACCAUAUCACCUAGAUAUCAGGCCAUGGUGCAUUGUGGGAGUAUCAGACAGACUGCUUCUAUUCUGUCCAUGAACAAAGAGUGUUUGCGGACGGGAGACAAAGCUACUGUACGCUUUCGCUUCAUAAAGACUCCUGAGUUUCUGCACACGGAGCAGCGGCUCGUCUUCAGAGAGGGACGCACCAAGGCUGUUGGAACCAUAACCAAGCUGUUCUACAUGAAGCCCCAGGUCAAGACUCAGUCAGCAAAGAGAGUCACAUCACAGUGUGAAGGAGCCAAUGAGGAGGCUGCAUCUGGAGAAAGUAGUUUACAGUCACAGCAGAAGUCCGGUGCGAGCGGCCGACUGAGAGGCGGUCAGAGACACAGAGGCAAAACAGCCCAGAACAGCAGCAGCACUACAGCGCCCCCUGCUGCAGGGGGGGAGAACGGAUAAACUGCAGCUUCACACAUACGUCAACCCUUCAUUCACUCCUCUUUCCCUCUCCUUUUCAUUUUCUCCUCCUUAUCAUUCUUUUCUAUUCUUUCGUCUCCCCCUCUCCUUUAUCUCCUGUCCAUUUACUGUCCUUUCUUUACUUUUGGUCCCCUCCAUUAACUGAUAGAUCUCUAAUUAUUUUUCUAUCCAGUUCUUCUCUUUUCUCCUCCUCCUCUUUUUGUUUACCUGUCCUCCUCUUCACAUGUCCAGCUUUCUCAUUUUUUCUUAUUAUUUCAUUUUUUUUCUCCUCCUGUUCUUCUUAUCUCUUUCUGUCCUAAAUCUUCUCUACAUCUAUCUUCUUCUUCUUUAUCAAUUCUUUUCUGUGCUCAACUCCUUCUGUUAGACCUGCUAAUUUCUGUUCUUUUCUCCUCCCCUCUUCUGUAUUUCAUUCUCUCCCUCAGUAUUUUUUUCCAAACCUUUUCUCAUUCUUUUCUUUCUUUAAUUUUUCUCUUCCUUAUCUCCUCUAUAAGACAUUCUGUUAAUUUUCCCAUUUUUCACCCACUCCUUCUCUUUUCCCCUUCCUCCUUUGUCUCCAGAUUCCAUGCUUUCCCCUCAGUCAUUUAUUUAAACCAUUUUCUCAUUCUUUUCUCUGAUUUACUCACUCCUCUUCCUUUUUCCUCCUCCUUGUCUUCUCUGUCUUUUUUUUACUCAUUUCUCUCUUUUAUUCUCACAAUCUUUCUUUUCUCCUUCCAUCCUCUGUCUCUAUCUUUUAUGAUUUCACUCAGUCAUUUAUUUUAAUCCUUUUCUUAUUCUUUUCUCUGCUUAGCUCACUCCCUUUUUCUUCCUCCUCAUCUUCUCUGUUAGAUCUUCUGCUCAUUUCUCUCCUUUUUUCUUCUAAUUCUUCUCUUUUCUCCUCCUCUGUUCUUUCCUCUCCUCUCCUUACCUUAUCUCCAGCUUUCCCUUACUCUUUUUAUUCUAUUUUUGGCUUAUUCUUAUUCACAUCUGCUUUUCUUGAAUCUUGAAUUUUCUUUUAGUCUGUCUUUCACUCUUAAUCUUCUCAACCUUUCCUCUCAUAUUUUCUUCUUUUACUCUCCUCUAUCCUUUCCUAUUCUUUCUCUAUUCCUUUUCUAAGAUGUUCUAUUUCCCCCUUACCAUUGUCUUUUUCUUUCUUUCAAACCCUAGUUUUGUCUAUCUUCACCCUCUGAGCAUUAACAGUAGAGGGCGCUGUACGCCUUCUAAACAAAUUCUCUCUCUCUCUCUCUCUCUCUCUCUCUCUCUCUCUCGCUCUCUUGCACUCUCCCUUCCUCUCUGUUCUCUCCUUUCUCUCUCUCUUUCCGAAUGAAGCAUGCCGGAUGUCGGGGAGUUUUCUCUCCAUUGGGCCGAGCAGCAGGAGAUGGCCUUCGCUCGUCAUCCCGACAGUUUUCUUCUUCUUCAUCUCCAUCCCCACAUUCUCAGUCGUUUGGCCGGUUCCUUGCAUCAUCCUCAUCACCCGCGUUGCGUUCCUCCUCUCCAGGGCCUUCUUCUACUUCAUCAACAUCUUGCAACAGCCAGUUCUCCAGCCAGCCCUUCUCCCCAAGGACCCAAUUAAGAGCCUCUCAUCUGAACCAUUGUUUGUGUUUAAGCAAAUUUCCUAUUUUUCCCUCCUUCCCCUUUUCACACCGCUAUCCGGAGCAGAUAAGUGAGUCCGAUCCGUUCUGCUCUGCUCUGCUUGGAAGCUGCAUCGGGCCUCCAUCGCCCUUCCACGGGUUAAUGAGCUCCACCGCUGCACUGCUGAUCACGACUGAAACCCGAACGCUCCUUUUCAAGUGCAGUAUUUAUUUAUUUAUUUUCCUGUGGCUUCUUUCUUCUAGCUUAUUUCACUCUAAAAGACGAGCUGUAUCCGACAGGGCUUUAUUUAGGCUUAUUAUCUGCUGUAUUUUUAGUGAAGAAAUGAAAAAAAAAAAUCAAAGGCAUUAGCUUUAGGCCUUUCCCUGUCUGAGCUGCUGACCGGAGUUUAAAGCGCAGUCGAUUUAUUUUUUUUUAAACAUUAUUUUAACAUCAGUUUGUUUUCAAGUCAUUUUUUAAAGCCUAAUUUGAAGCCCAGAGUGCUUUAUGUUUCUGGUAUGCUUUAAAGACUGCAUUUCUAUCGCCUAAAUUAGGUCCAAAUAAAUGGACGACUGACAGCACAACAAACAGCGAGGAGCACUUCUAUCACUGGCAGAUUUGUUGUUUAUAUAUAUUUAUAUAUACAGCUCUGGAAAAAAAUUAAAUACCACUUCAGUUUCUGAAUCAGUUUCUCCCAAAUUCCAAAUAAAAAAAAUGUUAUUUAGUGCAUUUAUUUGCAGAAAAUGAGAAAUGGCUGAAAUAACAAAAGAUGCUUUUCAGCUUUCAGACAGCAAAUAACGCAAAAGUUAUAAGAGUACAGAAAUCAAUAUUUGGUGUAAUAUUAUAUUUUAGUUACAGUUUUCAUGCAUCUUGACAUGUUCUCCUCCACCAGUCUUACACAGUGCUUUUGGAUAAAUUGACACCUUUUACUACUGGUGCAAAAAUUCAAGCAGUUCAGUUUGGUUUGAUGGCUUGUGAUCAUCCCUCUUCCUCUUGAUUAUAUUCCAGAAGUUUUCAAUUUGGUAAAAUCAAAGAAACUCAUAAUUUUUAAGUGGUCUCUUAUUUUUUCCCAGAGCGGUAAAUACAUAUGUGUACACAGUUUUAUCAGAUUAUUUAAUGAUCACCUCCUUAAUUCUACACUCAUCGUCCAUUCGGUCUACAAAGGACUACUAAUUAGUAAUAACCUGACACUUCAGUGAAGCUGACAUAGUGGUAGUGUGUUAGACUUGGUGUGAGACACAGCAGUGCUGCUGGAGUUUUUAAACAAUUUUUUCACUCACUGUCCUCCACUCUAUUCUGCGAGACACUCCAACCUAUAGCUGUUUUACCUUCUAGAUAAAGUAAAGCCAGAGGCAGAACCUCUGAAUCUGUUGAGUUAAGUGGUUCUCAAACUGUGGUAUGGGUACCACUGGUGGUACUUAAAGCCUCCAGAGGUGUUACACAAGAUGACCUCAGAAAAAAAACUGCUUGCAUUAAAAUAUUAAGGACUGCAAUCUAUAAUUUUCCUAACAUUACAUUAACCAUUAACAGGUAACCUGUGUAACCUGUAUAUUACUCUACAUUUCAGUCCUUCAUUACUCUCAGGACUACAGUUUUAUACCAUGAUUAUUAACAUAUAUAUAUUUUUUUUAUUGGUCCUAGAGUAAAACCUUGUGGAAUGCCACAACAAAAUGCUAUAUCAACCAACAGUUUACAACAGUUUAUGCAUUAUGAUUAAUAGAUUAAAUAAGUUAGUCAACACUGUAGUUCACUCUGUCUGUCCUCUUGUAAGAUUUUCAGUAGAAAUACUGUGUUAACCAGAAACAAUAAUCAAACAGCUUGUCUACCAUACUAACCACACAACAGGAGAAGAACAAUUGGCGAUAGACAUGACGACGUGUAUCUGUGUUUGUGACGCUUACUUGGAAGCUGUGGUUUGGUCAUUGGUGGUACAUAAUCUAAAAAGUUUGAGAAACAACGCUCUAGUCCUUCAUUUGUGAUCACAGCACACUGCUGGCUGGACAGUUCUGAUUGGUGGACUAUUUCCAGCCCAGCAGUGACACUGUGGUGUUUAAAAACUCCAGAAGCACUGCUGUGUCUCCUCCACUCUUACCAGUAGCACUCUGUGGUGGUCUAUCCUGUAGGGUCCUGACAAUCAAAGAAUUAAAGAAUAGGGUGAAAGGGAGGAUAAUCAAGUAUGCAAAUAAAGAAAACCAAAACAGAACUACAGUCUGCAUCUAUAGAACUACAAAUUGAUCAAAUGGAGAAUGAGUGCAGAAAAAAGUGGGCGGUCAUUAUAUUCUGAUAUGACAUAAAUAAUAUUCAGUACAGUGCAAUAAAAGUGCCUUUGGAAUAUUGGAAGAUAUUAUUUAGUAAUUUACAUCGAGUUCAGUAUUGUAGGUGUUGUUUAAUGUAUGCAAAAAUCAUGUACCUUCUGUUGAUGUUGACUAUAUGUAAUUUGUUGCAGUUAUUAAGGGUUCUUUGGAGAUCUAGAUUUCAACAUUUAAGUUGCCCAAUCCUGGUCCUGUUGAGAUCCAAAUCCAGUGCUCCUGAUCACUUAAUUACAGUACCUAGAUGAGAAGGGGUUAUGCACUCCUGGUGCAUAAAUUCAAUCAGUUUGAUGGCUUGUGAUCAUCCGUCUAUCUCUUGAUUAUAUUCCAGAUGAUUUCAAUUAGGCAAAAACCAAAGAAACUCAUCAUUUUUAAGUGGUAUCUUAUUUUCUUCCAGAAAUCAGGUGUUGGUUUCUGAUGUUGAGAUUUCACUGAUACUUCAUUACCUGGAUCAGAUAUAUUUAAAUUAGGGUUUUAACUAAACUUUGGAGAGAAGAAGUCCAUCAGGACCAGUAUUAGACCUCCUCCCCCAGCUUUAAUAAAGUCCUUUUACCAGUUAGGUUUAAGUUUAAAUGUCCCUUAGAACAUUCAAAGUGAUUUUGUUCUUGGAAAUCUACAAUCCUAUAGGGGCAGUUUCCCAGACAUUGAUAAGGCCUAGUUUUAGACUAUGUUCUCUAUUUAAUGGGUAAUUUCCUUUCAAAAGCUGUUAAUUCCAAGACUAGGCUGAUUUACUGACUGGAAAACUGAUUCACACAUUUUUUUACCACUUUAACACCUGGAUCUAAUGUUCAGGUGCCCCUAAAAUGUUUCAUUAUCUGGAUCAGAUGUGUUUAACUUUGUGGUAGAGCUAAACUCUAAUAGAUGGAAGACCACCAGGACCAAUAUUACGUGUCCCUGCCUUUAAACAAGAUCUUUUUCCAUGUUUAAAUGUUCUUUAGGACCCGCAAAAUGAUUCUUCUCUAGUAAAGAAGUAUAAAUCUGAUCUUGGAGGCCUACAAACCUAUGGUGUUCAGUUCCUCAACACCUGGCUCUGAUGUUGGGAUAUCUUUAAAAUGUCAUUACCUGGAUCAGGUGUGUUUAGUAUAGGGUGCAGCUAAAAGUAUUAGACACCAGAUACUGGACAACCCAGUCUUAGGAAAAGCACCUUUACCACUUUGAAUGAUCUUUAGAACACAAUAAAUAUAAUUUUCUAAUAUAUUUUCUUGGAAUGGGGCCCAAUACUGGGUUUAGAGGCCUACAAACCUAUGGAGUUCAGUUCUUCAACACCUGGCUCUGAUGUUGAGAUAAGUGAUGCUGAAAUAAGAAAUUACCUGGGUCAGGUGUGUUUCUGCAGGGUGGAAGAUCUCCAUAACCAGUAUUAGAUUCCCCCAGGCUUAAUAAAGCACUUUAACCAGAGUUAUGAACUCAAUAACACAGGCUUGGAGGAGUCUUCAUUUCUGAGGUACUAAACACACUUUGUUAAUAAACAGAUGUCUGUUAUUUCAGUUGUUUGUUAAAGAGCAUUUCUGGGUUUUUUUUUAACUUGAGUGGAGUUCCUUUAAUUUAUUUUGAAUGCAUGGUUCUGUGUUUAUAGUGCAAGCCUUUAUUGGUGUGUAAAUGAUGUACAAAAAAAGAAAAGAAGAGUUUUGACCUCAUCUGAUGAGAAAUUGUAAAUUGUUAAAUUAUUUUAAAUAUAAAAAUAUGAAAAUUGA